AUGUCCGAUUCGGAAUAUAGUGAAUCCUUUGCCGGAGGAGGUGUUGCUGGUGGCCAGGAUGACAAUGAACGAAGGCAGCGGCAUCAAAUGCUAAUGCAACAACAUCAACAACAAAUGCAACAGCAACACAAUCUCGUCUAUGGCAACAAUUUUGAAAUGGAAUCCAGCAGCAGUAGUUCAGCCGGAGAUUCCAGUGUCUCAUCAACAUCCUCCGAUGAUGACUCAGAUGAAGAAAAUGAAUCCGAUGAUUCGUUAGAAUUGGCAAAAAUUACAAAUGAGGUAUUGAGUUUGCCGCGAGGUCUUUGUGAAAAUCCUGCCAUUUUCCAAGAAUUUUUCUCCGUGGAAACUUGGCAGUCCCUGCCACCACACAUGCAAAAUCAUCUUCAACAAUUCCUGCCCAAUUUCCAUAAAGUUCUACCACCCCAAAUGGCAGCUGUUGAACAGGCCCGAUCCAUUUCCAUGUUAUUUAGUGGAGAACUGACCGCAUUUGGCCAAUCGCCUAUGGCUAAUUUACAAAAACAUUUAGAGGCUGGCAACUAUCGUCCGGAUAUAAAAAAGCUACGAGAAAAUAUAAAAAAAUCCCAAAGGCGGGAAAGUAAAUUUCAAAACUGCGAACGUCUAUCGUAUAUGGCCAAACAAUUAUUUGUCUCCCGGCAACGUUUGCUGGAGCAUGCAUAUAAAUCUUUGCCAGAAUCUGUGACCAAAGCUCCCCUGCCCUCUACCUCGGUGUCGAGUAUGCGUCAACCGAAACCCGGACAUUUAUAUCAUGAUAAUAAGCUGUCGGCGAUUAGAGCCCGCAAACGUUUCUACAAUGAAAUCUCACAAAUCGCCACAGAAUUGCAACUCCAAGACGAUUUUGUACUUAGUGCCGAUGAAGAGAACGAUAUGGAUAAUAAUCUUAAUGAGGAAUGGCGUAAAGAUUUGAUACAACAACAGCGGUCGCUGGAAGAAAAUGCCGAACCGCCUAAGGCGAAUAUUGCAUUGGCAGAGCGAUGUGUAUACAGUACGGUAUUUCGAAAACGUUCCGAGCUAGAUGAUGAGGAUGCGUUCCGUUUGCAACAGCGAUCUCGUCAAUCGAGGCUAACAAAUCGUAAUUUUAAAGAAUAUUUAAGGGAACACAAGCGAAGAAAGCUAACGGAACCGACAUUACCCGAAUUGGAAACCUCCGAUAUACGGCUAAGAGAUGUUUGUGCCCGUGCCCAGAUUGGUGGCAAUUUCAAACGUGUACUGGGAGCAGGGAAACCAGGACGUAAACCAAAAUCAGCCGCCAAUACCAUUCCAUCUAACUCAAAUCAAUUGGGUGCUACUGAGAAAACGGAGAGCUCAUUGGAAAUAAAUAGCAAGCCACUGCCCUCCUCAUUGCCCGCAACACCAAAUAAUGCAGCCAACAUGAACCAAACACAACCACAACCACCUACAUCAACACCCCCAACAUUAUCAUCAUCACAAAUUGCAACAAAACUUAGUGAACCACCUGCCCUUGUACCCAUUCAACAGACUAUUACAAAGAAAAAUGUGGAAAUAUUUCAGAAUUCGGGCGGCAAUAUGCCAACAGUAUCACCAACUAAAACAGCAACAACCAUACAACAUUAUCACCAACAACAACAGCAGCAACAACAACUGGAAUCACCCUCCGCAUUCACAAAGACCAGCAACAAUCAUCAUUUACAUAAUACCACCAAUGAUUCACUGAAUAUGUCCUCAUUUAUGUCGGGACACAGUGAUAAUUUAAAUCUGUGCAUGGAUGAUACAUCAAUAUUGGCCACCAGUGAUCAUGAUGCCUUUAAUAUGUUAGAUAAUGAGGUGGAAUUGCAACAGGAAGAGGUCGAAACAUUUGCUGGUACCUCCGCUGGAGAUGAUAACCUUAGCAACUUUGUUAUCGGUGAUGAUAUUGUUUUGGGUGGCCACGGAAAUGGUACUUCAUCGAUGUUACAAAGUUCUCAUUCACAUAAAAAUGGCAAUCGACAACAACAACAGCAACAACCAUUACCAAAAUUGGAACCAAUUUCGAUUAAACCCACAAUCAAAUCUCUAAACAAUCAACAAAAAUCCCUAUCAUCCCCAUCACCAGGGUCACAACAACAAAUGACAAAUGUGUUAUGUUCCAGUGAAUUAAUCCAGGAGACCCAUGCCUCAUAUUUCUCAUUGAUACGUGACUUUUUCUGUUCCACACCAAAUCAUCGUAUGCGUUAUGAUGAUCUAAAAUCAAAAAUCGAUAUAUGGUUAAGAAAUCCCAUAACUGCCCUCAACGAAUGGUAUGCCCAUGCCGAAAAUUGGUCGAAUUUGCUAAGUUCUGCCAUCAACUUUUUGGUUGGUGAUUUUCCCGACUUACCCGAGGAAUAUGUACCCUAUAUAGAACAUAAAAUACAGCUGAAUAUCUAUCAAUGGAUAGGGGCGGGGCGUGAUUCCGAUAAUCGUCUCACCGAACUAUGUAAUGUUUGGAUGGAGAAGCGGAAACAUCCGCAGGAAAAACAAAAGUCCAUCGAAGGCAAAUUGGAAGUGUUGCCCAAAUCGGUUGUGGAAAGUGAUGAGACAACAGCAGAAGCUGCAGCAAUGAUACCACCACCGCCGCCACCAAGAUUUCCCACAACAUGGACAGUGCGGCCAGCAACUGCGGAAGAAAUUCUUGAAUUUCAACGGCAGGAAAGGGAACGUUUUGAGCAACCACACAAAGCCUACACUUAUUAUAUGCAUGGCUAUGAGAGUGUCGUGGGUCCCGUCAAAGGGAUUUACACCCCAAUGUUGGCCUUGGCAAAGGCCCGAGGCCACAGUAUGAUGGUGGGCGAUAGACCAAAUUUUGUUACCAUACUUACCCUGGUGCGAGAUGCCACAGCUCGACUACCUAAUGGAGAGGGUACACGAGCCGAUAUUUCCGAACUCUUAAAAUGUUCACAAUACAUAAACCCCGAUGCAGCGGAGAAUGUGUUACAAACCAUUGUCAGCGGUGCUUUGGAUCGGAUGCAUACCGAACAUGAUCCCUGUGUACGAUACGAUCCUAAAAGGAAAAUAUGGAUUUAUUUACAUCGUAAUCGCACGGAAGAGGAAUUUGAGAGGAUACAUCAGCAGAAUCAGAGUAUGGGUAAGGUCAAGAAAUUGCAACAACGUAAACCAAGGCCAGUGGUGGCGACGGCACAAGGCACCAAAUUAAAUAGUCCCGAACAAGAAAUAGCGGAAAUUAAUGGUGGAGGCAGUGGAGGUGGUGGAACGUUAUUAACAUUGCCCGCCUUGGUACCGGCCAAUCCCAUUAUUGUUAGCAACCAUAGCAGCAAUCCUCCAAGGCAGCCAACAGCUUCGUUAACAGCACAACAAAAACAUUUACAACAACAGCAACAAAUUCAGCUCAGCAAGUGUCCCCCUGUACCACCAUUAAAAUACAAUAUACCUCCCACACAACAACAAAUAACCGUGAACACCAACACCACCAGUCCUCAACAAAUCCAACAUCAGCAGCAACAAAAAUCUCUACUCAAACCCACAAUUAGACAAGAGAAUAAAUCAAAUACGGUGUCUACUGCCGGCGGUCAACAUAGUUUUCAAGUUCCACAGGCAAAACCUUCAAAUACGACACCAAUUAUUGUGGCCACACCACAAGGUCUACAAACUGUGCAUGUUUCAAAUGCCACCUCAGUGGUCUCAUCAGCGGCGAAUACGAACAAAACCAAUCAUCAGCAAACAUCGCCGGUGCAAACAAAUCUCACCGCCAAUUUGGCUGGUAAACGGGUAAUGCUCAACAAACCCAUAAUUAUUAACCAAGUUACAAGUCAACAACAGCAGCAGCAGCAACAACAAUCCUCUAUUAAUGCGUCAGCUAAGCAACAGAAAUCUCCCCAACAAAUUAUUAAACAACAAAGCCGCAUUACCCUUAGUCCGCAACAACAGCAACAAUUGCAGCAGCAAUCCUCAAACAUUAUUACCUUACCCAUUUCCAUGGCCAAUAGCAUUAAUAUAAAUACUGGUAAUGUUGUUGCUGCUGCCACAGAACUUUCCGACAACUCUAUAUCCUCCCAUACACCCUCGUUGAGUGGUGGUAAACAAAAUAUUAUACGCCUGCUACCAACCUCAAAUGUUAAAACAAUUCUCUCAUCACCCACAAGUAGUGGUGGUGGUCAACAACGACAAAGAAUUGUCACAACGAAUAUAGCGGCCACAAGUCCCAUACCAUCGGAACAAAGACCCAAUACUCCACAACAGCGGAAUACAUCAGGAUUCCAAUUGCUAUCAAGUAGUGGAAAUAUUGUUACCAUCAACAGCAGUUCAAGUAGUUCGACUACAGCAACAUCGACUUCGGCAUCACCAGCGGCUGGUUCCAUUGUCAAAAUGUCAGCUCAGGCAUUUGCUGCAUUGCAACAAAAACAACAGCAACAACAACAUAUUGUUAUGAAACAAACGACAUCGCCUACCGGUGCCAAAAUACAAACGGCCAUGGGUCAAACGGUUAAAACUCAAAGAGUUAUAUUGGGCAACACAUCUGUCAUUGGACAAUCAACACAAGGCAAAAAUAUUAUACUACAACAAUUACCAGUCGGCAGUGCAACUUCGGUGGUAGUCACACCCACGACAACCACUACAUCGGCUUCAAUACUCAUGCAAAAUCUUAAACAGCAGCAACAACAAUCCACCGGCAGUAAUAUUAAUCAAAAUCAAUUACAAUUUAAAACAGUACAAGUUGUUGCCAACAAUGCUGCUGCCCCAACAUCGACACAGCAGCAACAAAAUAUCAUACAACGACCACAAACAAUAACGUUGGCGGCGGCGCCAGCAUCUCAAUCCAAUACAACACCCAAGACUGUAGUUAUGGCAUCGUCGCAGGAUAACGCCUCAGUGCAGCAACAAAACAUAACCAAAAUACUCAAAACUACAAGUCCCCAGCAGCAGCAACAACAACAGAAAUCUUCAGAGGCAGCUACAAAUCAAACGGCUCGUAUUAUCACCAGUUCGGGCGCCCAAAUCAUCUCUUUGGAUAGUCUAAUACAAAAACAAGGGGGGACAUUACGAAUUGCCGGCAAUGUAAAUCCCACAACAGUUGUUAAGGCCAAUAAACAAUUGAAUACAACAACAACAAUAUUGCAAAAACAACAAUAUGCCAUUGUUUCUGUACCGAAUAGUAUUAUAUCAUUGAGUAAUUCCAGCAAUAUUACGGUGGGUCAACGCAUUAUAACAACUCAAGCAAAUUCUGGAUCGGUUAACACAUCCUUCGUUAAUGUUGAUGCCACGAAAGUCACUCCCGGUAUUGUAACAACAGCAACAGCGGGACAACGACGUAUUCUAACAACGGCUGGUGGCACAAAAAUUAUUACCAAAGCUGUUGGGGGAACGACCACAGCAACGGCGGGUAAUAUACGAGUUCUAAAUUCUAACAAUCAGUUGUCAGGCAACAUUAAUGUCACCACGUUGCAAGGAAAGCCAUUUGUAUUGGCAUCUGGAAAAACAGUGACCGCCAUUAAUAAGGCACAAAUUGUCAAUCCAUCAUCUUCGACACAAAAUAUUGUUCAAACCUCAGCGGGCAGUAUUGUUAUUGGCGGUCAAACGAUUAAAUUACAGCAAGGAAAUACCAACAUCCAACAACUGCUAAAUAGAAGUGGCAGCAUAGUAACAGCCCAACAGCAACAACAGCCAGCCACCUCAAAUCAAUCAAACAGCAGCAGCAGCAGUAGUGGCACUAACACUGGUACGGGUCAACAAUUGCAAACUGUUAUUAUGGGUAAUCAAAUACUGCGCGUACAACAAAUGCCACAAAUUGUUACGGCAUCUGGUAAUCGCCUAACAACAGGAAAUGUGAUUAAUAAUAAAAUCAUCAAUAACACAGAAACGGGUGGCACUGGAACAACAACAGCCACUGCACCGAAGACUAUACUUUUUGGAACUGGCGGUGGGCAAACAUUGCGACUGCAGUCCUCCUCGACGGGACAAACAACAAAUAAAAAUGUCAUAAUAAAUACAAAUCAGCAGAAUGCAACACUAAAAACAUCUGCAAGCGGUAGUACAGCAGCCACCUCAAAUCGUGUUGUCCUCGCGGUGCAAGGUGGUGGUCAAAUAUUUCUAUCACCAAAUAAUUUAAAUCUUAAAACACUGCAGAAUUUUAAAAUGGUUUCAUUAGCUCAAGCUAAAGACCAACAACAACAGCAACAAACUCCGGGCAACAUUCAAACACAGGCGAAUAUUUUGAAAAUAUCAUCACCUUCGUCCACUACAUCAUCAAGUGAUGCAAAUGUUUAA